UCUAUUUUAUAAAAAUGUGAGGUCUCCUUUUACCUCGUUGCACUGCUAGGAGCAAGAUGGGUCACCAGCAGCUGUACUGGAGCCACCCACAAAAAUUCGGCCAGGGUUCUCGCUCUUGUCGUGUCUAUUCAAACCGGCACGGUCGGAUCCGGAAAUAUGGCCUCAAUAAGUGCCGCCAAUGUUUCCAUCAGUACGCGAAGGAUAUCGGUUUCAUUAAGUUGGACUAAAUGAUCUUCCUUCAAAGGAUUAUCCAAGUCAUCUACUCAAUGAAAA